GUGUUGCUCGCCGGGGCUAGCGGCGGCGGCGGCGGCGGCGGCGGCGGCGGCGUCGGUGGAGGAGGGGUGGAGGCGCAGCGACUGCUGCACCGCGCUCGACGCUGCGGAGCGAGCCCACCCGCCCCGGGAGCUCGCCUCCCUGGUGCUCCCCCUCCCUCCCCGCCCCCCCAGUGGCGCUGCCUCCUCCAAAUGAGCGAUUCGCCCGCUGGAUCUAACCCAAGGACACCCGAAAGCAGCGGCAGCGGCAGCGGCGGCGGCGGGAAGAGGCCGGCGGUGCCGGCGGCGGUGUCCCUCUUGCCCCCGGCGGACCCCCUGCGCCAGGCGAACCGGCUCCCUAUCAGGGUCCUGAAGAUGCUGAGCGCUCACACCGGCCACCUCCUGCACCCGGAGUACCUGCAACCGCUGUCCUCCACUCCCGUCAGCCCCAUUGAGCUGGACGCCAAGAAGAGUCCAUUGGCGCUGCUGGCCCAGACUUGCUCGCAGAUCGGCAAGCCGGACCCGCCGCCCUCGUCCAAGCUCAACUCGGUAGCAGCGGCGGCCAACGGGCUGGGAGCCGAGAAGGACCCCGGCCGCUCCGCCACGGGCGCCGCCUCCGCGUCUGCGGCCCUCAAGCAGCUGGGGGACUCCCCUGCCGAGGACAAGUCCAGCUUCAAGCCCUAUUCCAAGGGCUCCGGUGGCGGCGACUCCCGCAAAGACGGCGGUUCCUCCUCCGUGUCCUCCACCUCUUCCUCGUCCUCCCUGUCCCCAGGAGACAAGGCGGGCUUCAGGGUCCCCAGCGCCGCCUGCACGCCCUUCCCCCCGCAUGGAGCGCCGGUCUCUGCGUCGUCGUCCUCCUCCUCGCCUGGUGGCUCCCGGGGCGGCUCCCCACACCACUCUGACUGCAAGAACGGCGGCGGGGGUGGCGGCGGGGAGCUGGACAAGAAAGACCAGGAGCCCAAGCCCAGCCCGGAGGCUGCGGCCGUGAGCCGCGGCAGCGGUGCGGAGCCCAGCGCACACGGGGGUGGCGCGGAGGCUGGGGCCUCGGGGCGCAAAUCCGAGCCGCCCUCGGCGCUGGUGGGGGCCGGCCACGUGGCGCCCGUGUCCCCCUACAAACCGGGCCACUCCGUGUUCCCGCUGCCACCCUCCAGCAUCGGCUACCACGGCUCCAUCGUGGGCGCCUACGCCGGCUACCCGUCUCAGUUCGUGCCUGGCCUGGAUCCUAGCAAGUCUGGCCUGGUGGGAGGCCAGCUGUCGGGGGGCCUGGGCCUGCCACCGGGCAAGCCCCCGAGCUCCAGCCCGCUCACCGGGGCCUCCCCGCCCUCCUUCCUGCAGGGAUUAUGCCGCGACCCCUACUGCCUGGGAGGUUACCACAGCGCCUCGCACCUCGGCGGCUCCAGCUGCUCCACCUGCAGCGCGCACGAGCCCGCGGGGCCCGGCCUGAAGGCGGGGGGCUACCCGCUGGUGUACCCCGGGCACCCGCUACAGCCCGCUGCGCUCUCGUCCAGCGCCGCCCAGGCCGCGCUCCCCGGCCACCCACUCUACACCUACGGCUUCAUGCUGCAGAACGAACCGCUGCCGCACAGCUGCAACUGGGUGGCGGCCAGCGGGCCGUGUGACAAGCGCUUCGCCACCUCGGAGGAGCUGCUCAGCCAUCUACGGACUCACACGGCCCUGCCGGGCGCCGAGAAACUUCUGGCCGCCUACCCCGGGGCUUCGGGCCUGGGCAGCGCCGCCGCGGCCGCCGCGGCCGCGGCCUCCUGCCAUCUGCACCUCCCCCCGCCCACCGCCCCCGGCAGCCCCGGGUCGCUGUCAUUGCGGAGUCCACACACUUUGGGGCUAAGCCGGUACCAUCCCUAUGGCAAGAGCCACUUAUCCACAGCUGGGGGCCUGGCCGUGCCCUCCCUCCCCACAGCCGGACCCUACUACUCACCGUAUGCGCUGUACGGACAGAGACUAGCCUCAGCCUCCGCCCUGGGAUACCAGUAACUACAGCUCUUGCACCCACCCGCCGCUCCUCUCCUUUCCCCCUCCGCCUCCCUCCCUGCCCCCACCCGCCGCCUCGCCGCUGCAACCUCCACUUCUGCUUGUCCCUGCCGGGAUCCCCCGCCCAGACCCUCCCCACCGGACUGUGUAUUUAUUUACUGUAAUGUUAGCUUACAAGCUGGGAAUAUAAGUGCAUUAACGGCCCACA